AUGGGUGCUAAUUUUUCAUCAUGUGUGUGUGAUGAUGGGGAUUCUAGUUCUAUGAGGCCAAGGCUUGGGGAUAUACCUGAGAGUUGUGUGGCAUUGGUGUUGAUGUAUUUGGAUCCGCCGGAUAUAUGUAAGCUAGCGCGAUUGAGUAGGGUGUUUCGUGAUGCUUCUUUUGCUGAUUUUGUUUGGGAAUCGAAGUUGCCUUUGAAUUAUAAGUUCAUCAUGGGAAAAGCUUUGGAGGAGGAUAAUACUAGUACUUCUGUUACUGAAUUGGGGAAGAGGGAUAUUUAUGCUAGACUAUGCAAGCAUAACUUGUUUGACAAUGGGACCAAGGAAAUUUGGCUGGAUAAGAGGACUGGUGGGGUUUGUUUGGCAAUUUCUUCCAAAGCAUUAAGGAUUACGGGGAUAGAUGACCGCAGAUAUUGGAAUCACAUUUCGACCGAAGAGUCAAGGUUCCACACAGUUGCGUAUCUUCAUCAAAUUUGGUGGCUUGAAGUUGAAGGAGAUAUUGAUUUCCAAUUUCCUGAAGGUACAUACAGUGUGUACUUUAGACUUCACCUUGGCAGGUCAUCCAAGAAGCUUGGUCGUCGAGUUUGUAAGACCGAGCACAUCCAUGGAUGGGACAUGAAACCUGUCAGGUUUCAGCUCACAACUUCUGACAGUCAACGUGCUGUAUCUCAUACUCAUUUGGAUAAUCCAGGGCACUGGAUCCUCUGCCAUGUAGGAAACUUUGUUUCCAAGAGUUCAAAUAAUUUGAUGAAUAUCAAGUUUUCGUUGACUCAAAUAGAUUGUACUCAUACCAAAGGCGGUUUGUGUGUUGACUCUGUGCUUAUAUGUAAUAGUAGCAUUGAUGUAAAAAAAGAAGUGUAA